AACAAUUUGGAAAUUCAUUUUCUUGGUUUUCGUGUUUUCUUGCGGUAUUUGACAGCGAUUUCACCUUGGUUUCCGCGAAACGGGCACACCGCCGCAGCAAAUCGCCAAUUCGCGGGCAUAACAGAUUUUGAAAAACUGCGUAAAAUUGAAACAAAUAUUGAGCAGCAGCACUGCUUAGUGUUCAUGAUGGCUGAAAACAGCGACAAUUUGUCCCCCAAACGUGUAAGCAGCGCACCGAACGGAAAAGAGCAGACACAGCCGCCAGCCAAAAAGCAGGCCACAGUGUCGAGUAUUGCCGGUGGACUUCUAGACAAUUUGGUGAGCGGCUUGCCGCCCACCUCGUCCCCGGGUCAGAGUAACAACCCAAUUGCCAAGCCCAAGAUAAGGGCCAGAAGAAUCUCGGAAAUCAACCAGAUGGGGGAUACGAUGAUGAACACUGGCGCAAGGGUCGAGGACAACUUCUUCGGCGGUCAGGGCUACACUUUGACCAGCUCGAAGGGUGCCACAGCUGCCGCAGACUCUGCCCACGAUGCCGAUUUUGUGCGCAACAUUCGCCAGAAGCGUUUCGGGAAUGUGCCAGCGGCAGCCAAGGAGGAGCCCGAGCAGAGCACUCGUAAGCGUUCCCAUGUCACUGAUGAAGGCAGCCCCAUGAUAGCCGGGGAACCCUACGAUGAAGAAGUAAUUUCGCUUUUAAGCAGCGACGAGGAUGAUGUUAUUAUCAUUGAAGAUGACUCCGAUGAUAAGCAGCAGGAGGCUGCACCUGUCAGCAAGCGCUAACGCUAGGCUAAAACUAAUUGUUAUCCUAUUGUUAUAAAGCAUGUAUAAUUAAUCAUUAAUCAACCACAACAUCACCCA